AUGACACUGGCUGCCCACCUCUCCUACUUUCUGGCCUUGUUGACAGCAGGCCAAGUCCUCAGUGGCUCCCUCCUCACCAAGGAUGCAGGUCCCCACCCACUGGAGCUGAUAGAGGUCUUCAAGCUGUUCCAGAUCAAGUACAACCGGAGCUACUCAAACCCGGCAGAAUAUGCUCGCCGUCUGGACAUCUUUGCACACAACCUGGCCCAGGCUCAACGGCUGCAGGAGGAAGACUUGGGCACGGCAGAGUUUGGGGAGACUCCAUUCAGUGACCUCACAGAGGAGGAGUUUGGCCAGCUAUACGGGCAGCAGAGGGCACCCGAAAGGAUCCCCAACAUAGCCAAAAAGGCAGGAUCUGAAAAGUGGGGUGAAUCAGUGCCCUCUACCUGUGACUGGCGUAAGGCAGCAAACAUCAUCUCAUCGAUCAAGAACCAGCAAGACUGCAGGUGCUGCUGGGCCAUAGCAGCAGCGGAUAACAUCGAGGCCCUGUGGCGCAUCAAGUAUCGCCAGUUUGUGGAAGUCUCUGUGCAGGAGCUGCUGGACUGUGACCGCUGUGGAAAUGGCUGCAAGGGUGGCUUUGUGUGGGAUGCAUAUGUAACUGUCCUCAACAACAGUGGCCUGGCCAGCAAAAAGGAUUACCCAUUCCAGGGGCACCCCAACCCCAACGGGUGCCUAGCCAAGAAGUACAAGAAGGUGGCCUGGAUCCAAGAUUUCACCAUGUUGUCCAGUAACGAGCAGGUCAUUGCAGGCUACCUGGCUACCCAUGGCCCUAUCACUGUGACUAUCAACAUGAAGCUACUGCAGGGCUACCGGAAGGGAGUGAUCAAGGCCACACACUCUACCUGUGACCCCCAACUUGUGGACCACUCAGUCCUGCUGGUGGGUUUUGGCAAGAGCAAGGAGAAGAAAGGCAUACAGUCAGGGACACUCUUGUCCCAGUCUCGCAAACCUCACCGCUCUGUGCCAUACUGGAUCCUGAAGAACUCCUGGGGAGCCGAAUGGGGUGAGAAGGGCUACUUCAGGCUAUUCCGGGGAAACAACAGCUGUGGUAUCGCCAAGUACCCAAUCACAGCUCGUGUGGACCAUCCAGUUAAGAAGCUACCAGUCUCUUGCCCACCUUGA